AUGCGUGCCGAUAAAGGGAAGGCUUGCGCGUUUUCAGAAGAUCUACCCGAGGAAACCACGUUCCAACCAAGGCUCACGGACAGAAUGAUUGGCUCAUCUGCCACGAAUUGGCGACAGACGGAAGGCCCUCCACAUGUCCAGAAUCUCUCUCCACAACCUCUCAAUCAAACCGAACCAACAACCCCUCCUCAGAUGCCAUCGCAGGCUGACAUUGCCAGCCUGAUAGCAGAAAUGAGACUUCAGCGUGAAGAGGAGCGCGCCAGACACCACGAAGUGAUGAAUCGCAGGGCAGAUCAGGAUGCAAGGAUCAGACAACGGUCGUUACUCGAUGAGGCUACUAAACUCUCGGCUAUAGCUUCAGCGGCGGUUAAGAAAAUCCACCCCGAUUGCAUCCUGAAGAUCAAUGGAUCAAACAUCACCGAGUGGGAAGCUGCCCUGGCCGUCGUCGCUUUUGAGCGCUUUCAAUACCAACACUUCUACACGCCCGCUGAAGGCUAUGUUGCCGACCCGCAUCACGAGCAGAUUGCCCGUGAAAUCAUACACUCCUCAGUGCACUGCGACUUGGCCUACGACCUUUUGGACCUCAACAACUCAGCUGAAGUCGUCCAGCACUUGACUAGCAAGUUUCGUGUGAUCAACAGAGCGAAGCAACUCCAAGCGUGGGAGACCCUCAAGAAAAUCAAUCUUACCGACUACAGCAGUUUGGCCAAGGCAAUCGCAGCAUUUGACAGAUGCGCAAAAACGUUCAUCGAGCAGCGUGUGGAGUUCACGUGGGACACCGUUAUGGGAUUCAUCAUGCAAUCAAAUCUCAACACCAAUCUUUGCCCUGUCCUGGAUCGCAAAGUAGACCUCUUCAUGGAGACCCAUGAAUCUGAAAAUCCGAUCUCCAACGACAUCCUCCGGUUUUGGGAUGCAGCCCGCUCUGAACAACGACUAGCGGAAGAAACAGGACGUGCGGAGUCGUCUGCUUUAAAAGUCUCACUAGCUAGCCAAACAGACUCUAGCUUUUCAGGACCCGUUUCAGGCAGCGUUUCAGGAAACGUCUCAGGUUCAAUUGAAGACUCAAAGAUCACUGCUAUGGCAGUACAGAAGCCUCUGGAUUGCUACAUAUGCAAGCAAGUUGGACACAUCGCUCCACAUUGCCCAACCAGCCGCAAGAAUACACAAGCUCAACGUAACACCGGCACCGUUCCCCCUCCCUGUCUGAGCUUUCCCUCAUGCUCGGUUACUUACAAUUACAGCCGCAUUCCCUACAUCAAACCAUCCCAACCAGAAGUUUGA